GACGUGCCGGCGUGGUGGGCGGCCGUGUCGGCGCCCCUGCCUCCGGGCAGCGCCCGCCAGGCGAAGAGGAAGCUGGGGCGCGCCCGCAGGGCCAGGUGGAGCCGGGCCGACGAGCAGACUCGGGAGGCCUUCGACGCCUACAGCCAGCGCUGGGAGGGAGCCGCCCGGGAGGGCGCCCUCGCCGAUGCCCUGCGCGCGCGCCAGGCGCACCCAGAGGGGUGGGGGUCCGCGCUCCGUCAGCUCAUCGAGGGCGCGGCGCCGCGGCGCCUGGAUGGAGCGAGCGGCAGAUCA